AUGAUGCUAUCCAAACUUGCCUUUUUUGCUUCAAUCGCCUACUCUAUGGCUAUUCACGUUACCAGUCCUUCCAAAGGCGAUGUUUGGCCAACUUUUGAGAACCACACGAUUAAAUGGGACUUUGUUGACACAGAUCCUAAAGUUGUUGGAAUAUACCUAACCAACAAAGUCAGUCUUAAUCAAAAUCGCUUCGUUGCAAAGGUUUCUGUACCAGACGGCAGCUAUACUGAUGAAACAAAUAGCUGGCCUACUGGCGAAGGCUACUUCUUCAAAUUAACUAAUCCCGAUAGUGUUGAGGAAAUCUAUGCUUUGUCGGAAGAAUUCACUCUUACUCAACCAACAGCUUAA